AUCACGAAGUUACGACUCUCCUUCAGUUUCUACGUAGUACACUUACGUUCUCUGCACUCCGAGCUACCCUUUUCUCUCUUCUGGUCUAUCGGCUUCUACUUUCCCUCUCUCAUCAGCUCCUCUGGUCUUUCGGCUUCUACAUUUCCUCUCUCAUCAACGUUCCAUUUCGUCAUGGAUUUUCACCAAGGUAAGAAGGCGGAGCGCCUUGCUCACAUCCAGCCGCAUGUGGUUGACGGCCAUACCGGUGUCUUUCCAAAAUUGCAGCCGGACGUGGCCGAAGCUCCUCAUGAUAUGGAAUCUGCGCUCUCCAAGCUUCUCGCUUCCAUGAAGAAUGGGAACGAUAUUCUUCAAGAGAUCGCGGAUGCUUCUGGUAGUGGCAAGGGCCGAAGGAAGACGGAGACCGGUCCCGCUACAUCCUCGGGCGUCUCCGAUUUCCACUGUCCGUGCUUCGUCAGUUACGUCGUUUAUGAUUAUGAAGCCAAAGUUGGCGGCACCGACAAUGUUCAAGUGCAGCCAUUGAGCACCAUCGCGCUCUGGCAUAUCAUUGACAUCCCAUCCUACUUCACCGACGACGAGUGGUGCAAUCUCCCAAAGCCCGUCGCGCUCUACUCUGGUCAUCAGUCACUCAUCGACAAUGAUUUGCGCUAUCGACUCCGCGACUCACAUGAUGUGAUGCCGGAUACUGAACUCGAGACAGUCCUCAGGGUGAUCGGAGAAUGGCCUCCACCACCAGUUGAUGAUCCCAAAUACUUCAAUGAAUUCGCGCGUAACGGUUUGAGCAAGUUCCGCAAGCUCUCCCGUAACGAAGCAACCGAAGAUCUUCGAAAGACUGCUGCCCUUCACCAUAUGGAGAAGAUCAACCGUGGUCUCAUUAUCGAACCGGCCAGUGAUGCGAUUGUGCGCGAGACCUUCCGCGCCAUACGUCAAUUCCCGCACUUGCUUGGUAAGCUGAAUGACACCAUUGAUCAGCCAACAGUGAAGGUUCUGCGCGAUGUCUUGCGAUAUUCCAAACACUGGCACAUCACCAUCGCUCGCCUGAUGCGCCAUCUCACUCAGCCUGUUUCGGUAUUCAGCAUGGGUACCAUAAAAAAGGACAAGUUGGCUGCGAUGAGUGAAGACGCGGCUGAAUUCUUCGUCCCAGAGCUUCCCACCAUGAGGGACACGGACAAGCAAUGCAAGGAAGCCCGAGACGAGCUGAAGGCCAAUAUGAAGGAGUCGAAAGCGGAGGGUGAUGGUAGGUAUAUCGAGUCCGGCAUCCAUGCUGUUCUCGACCUCCCCAGCAAGCAGGAGGAAGGCACUACCGUGAUGAUGAACAUUCAUAUCGAUCCGAAUGUCCGUUCAUACAUCGAUGCAGCCAUUCCUGCAGAGAUUCAGCCCAAGCAUGUGUCUGGUAUCUUCAUCCCCGCUUCAAUUUGUCGCAAGAACCGUCGCAAAGACAAUCCGGGCGAUGACAACGAGUUUUUGGCCGAUCUUGAUCUAAUCGAUGUCACCGACGGCCGUCUUGACAAGCACGUCGCCAAGGUGUUUCCGCAUUUACCGGAGACAUUCCUUGAGGAAUACCGUACUAAAAACCCCUGCCACAGCUACCUGCUCGCCUGCAUCGACUACAACACUCGAGUUCAUAGUAGCAAUGUCCUCACAGAGCGAGAAAGGAUGCCGCGUGACUAUGACAUGCUCCUUGCGGCCAUCCGACAUUCCCCUCGGGUUUUCGUUCUCUUCGGUGCCUCGGAUGCCGAUCCAUUGCUCGCCAACUUGAUGGCUCGGUACGACUUCGAAUCCUGGCUUGAAUGGAUGCAUGUGCGUGAGAUAUGCCGUCUGCUCAAAGGUAGGGACAUGGAAUCGGACAUGGAAUCGGACAUGGAAUCGGACAUGGAAUCGGACAUGGAAUCGGACAUGGAAUAGACGAACUCGUCGCAAUCCCCGGAACCAAGGUCUUGAUCGAAACGGAAAUGGAUAGGCAAGGGGGUAGGCAAUAGGUGGUUAGAGAAAGCAACGUAGCUGCAGGGUAAUGAUAACUAGGUCUAUAGUUGCAUAUCCAGUGGGCUCAAUACUAUCAACUCUUUAUGCUC